CUCAAUGGCGGCGUCCUGUGAAACCGGGUAACACAGCGGCUCAGCCUCCGAUGAUUUAGCAGUGUCUGAUCAUGAGGGUGGUCUUUGUUGUGCUGGUCUUGCUGAGGGUCCAGCAUGUGCACUCAGCGUCUAAAGGAGUCGUCGCCAGUCUUCAGGCUAAAUGGUCCAUGACCCCUCUCCUGCUGGAAACAAGUGAGUUCAUCAGAGAGGAUGGUGAAGAGAAGUUCUGGCAGUUUGUCGAUACUGUGAAGGAGUUAACUGUUUACAAAAAUGGAGAGUCUGUCCGCUCGUAUUAUAACUUGAUCAUCAAGAAGGCUGGGCAGUUUUUGACAGAUCUUCAGGUCAACCUGCUGAAGCUGUCUCUGUCUCUCAGGGCUUACUCACCGGCUGUGCAUGCUUUCCAACAAAUAGCAAGUGAUGAACCUCCUCCUGAUGGCUGCACUGCUUUUGUGGUUGUUCACAGUCAAAAUGCCUGCAGCACCAAGGAUAUGAAGAAGCUCUUGAAGACUGCAGCAGGCAGGCCAAGACCUUACCUGUACAAGUCUGACCAUCAGUACCCUGGAGUCAAUGGGACAGACCUGCCUGUAGCUGUUCUUUAUGCUGAAAUCGGCACAAAGGAGUUCAAUACUUUUCAUAAGGUUCUGUCAGAGCGGGCACAGGAGGGCAAACUCGUCUAUGUGCUAAGACACUUUGUGUUUGAGCCAAAAAAUGAAAAGAUGCUGCUGUCUGGAUUUGGUGUUGAACUGGCAAUUAAAAGCACCGAGUACAAAGCUGUUGACGACACACAAGUUAAAGAAUCCAAAUCACUCACCACUGAUAAUGAGGCUGAAAAUGAUGAAGUCCAAGGAUUUCUGUUUAGGAAAUUAAAAAAGUCUCACCCAGAGCUUCAGGAGGAACUUAGAGAGCUGAGGAAGCAUCUACUGGAGAGCACCAAUGACAUGACUCCCCUCAAAGUGUGGGAGCUCCAAGACCUCAGUUUCCAGGCGGCAUCUCGGAUCAUGACUGUGCCAAAGUUUGAUUCUCUCAAAUUGAUGCAAGACCUCAGCCAAAAUUUCCCAAGCAGAGCCAGAUCACUGACAAGAGUGGCUGUAAACCAAGACAUGAGGAAAGAAAUAGAAGACACUCAAAAGAGGUUGAGUGAGUCGAUGGGGAUCCAACCUGGAGAUGCCAGUCUGUUUAUUAAUGGAAUACACAUUGACCUGGACAUUCAUAACCCUUUCAGCAUCCUGGACAUUCUCAGAACCGAGGCUAAGAUUCUCGAAGGUCUUCAUAACCUUGGCAUCAGAGGAAGCAGCGUUAGUAAGUUCCUGCAUUUACCAUCAUCAACCACUGUAGAGGACAGCUACGCCCUGGACAUCCGCCACUCAUCCAUUAUGUGGGCUAAUGAUAUUGAGAAGGACUCCAUGUAUCGUCACUGGCCCUCAAGUGUCCAAGAGCUCCUCAGAGCAACAUUUCCUGGAGUUAUUCGACAAAUACGCCGUAACUUCUAUAACCUAGUUCUGUUUCUUGACCCAAUACAAGAGGAGAGCAUUGAGCUGGUGAAAUUAGCAGAACUAUUUUACAAACAUAACAUUCCUCUGAGGAUUGGGUUUGUGCUGGUUAUCAGUGCGGAUGAUAAAGUGGAUGGGUUUUUGGAUGCAGGUGUUGCUCUCUUUAGGCUGUUAAACUACAUCUCAGAGGAGUAUGAUGAAGCACAGGCUUUUACGUCCAUGGUGUCAAUAUAUAACAGGGUGGAAGUUGGAGAGACUCUUUCUGUGGAUACAGUAACUGCAUAUCUGACAAAGAAAUUUCCAAAAGAAAAUGCUGCCAGAAUUCUUGGAGUGGACUCAAGCUAUGAUGACAACAGAAAGGCUGGAGGAGGGUUUUACAGAAAGAGUGGUUUAGGUGCUUUACCAGUGGGUCUGUUCAAUGGUAUUCCACUCAGAAGUGAGGAGAUGGACCCAGAAGAAAUAGAGACGGUUCUUCUGCAGAAAAUCAUGGAAACUACCAACUUCUUCCAGAGAGCUGUCUUUAUGGGUCAGAUCACUGAGAGUGUUGAUGUGGUGGACUUCCUAAUGGAGCAGACCAAUGUAGUUCCCCGUAUCAACCCUCUCAUUCUGAGCUCUGAGAGGCGAUAUCUGGAUUUCACUUCCUCACCAGUUGCUGAUGACUGGGAUGACACAACUAUGUUCUCAUACUUGGACUCCAAAGACAAAACAGCAGUUGUCUCUAAGAGAAUUAAGUAUUUCAUCAGAGAUGAAGAGGAGGUGUUGUACGGAGUGACCAUGUGGAUUGUAGCAGAUAUUGAACAGCCCUCUGGGAGGCAGUUGCUCCGGAACGCCUUGAAACAUAUGAAAUCCAGCAGCUCCAACUGUCGUGUCGGGGUGAUCAAUAACCCCAGUGGAAAGCCCACAGAGGACAACAGCGCUCUGUACCGAGCCGUCUGGGCUUCUCUCCUCACCCAAAGCAGCAAGAACAUGCUCGACUUCACCCUAAAACUCCUCAAAGAAGAAAAUGUGGAGCUCCUCAAACAAGGCACCAAGAUUAAGCACUUACUUAAACAGGGUAUGGACCAUGAUGCCUUUGAGAAGAAGUUCAACACGAUGGAGGUGGACUUCCUGCACAGCCAGCAGAAGUACUGUAAGGAAGUUCUGAAGCUGAAAGCCGGACAGAGAGCUGUAGUCAGCAACGGCAGGGUGAGAUUCACAAACAACCCCUCCUCCUUUGGUCAACUAAAGAAAAUUUCCAUGGGAGACACCAUCUCUCACAUGGCGAAGGCUUAUGGUUUCCAGUAUGAGCUGGUCCAGUAUAAGUGGCCCCGCUGGCUUCACCAGCAGACAGAAAAGCAACGUAUCAUCUGGGGUUAUAAGAUCCUUUUCCUGGAUGUGCUUUUCCCCCUGGCUGUGGACAAGAUCAUCUUUGUAGACGCUGAUCAGAUUGUCAGGGCAGAUUUGAAGGAGCUGAGAGAUCUGGCUCUAGAGGGCGCCCCCUAUGGGUACACACCAUUCUGCGACAGCCGAAGAGAGAUGGAAGGCUACCGUUUUUGGAAGACUGGCUACUGGGCUUCUCAUCUUGGACACAGGAAAUACCACAUCAGUGCAUUAUAUGUGGUGGACUUAAAAAAAUUCCGGAAGAUCGCAGCUGGAGACCGCCUCAGAGGGCAGUACCAAGCCUUAAGCCAAGAUCCCAACAGUCUGUCUAACCUGGACCAGGAUCUUCCCAACAACAUGAUCCAUCAAGUAGCCAUCAAGUCCUUACCUCAGGAGUGGCUGUGGUGUGAGACCUGGUGUGAUGACAAUUCCAAAACUACAGCCAAGACCAUAGAUCUGUGCAAUAACCCAAAGACCAAAGAGCCCAAGUUAAGUGCAGCGGUGAGGAUUGUUCCAGAAUGGUCCAAGUAUGACAAUGAGAUAAAGCAGUUUCUCAAACGGGUGAAGGAGCAGAAGGAGAAAAUUACUGAGGGUAGAUCAUCAUCAUCAUCAUCAUCAUCACCGCAGCACACAGGCACUCGACGUGAUGAACUUUAGCUCUUGAGUGCUCAUGUUUGCACCUACAGUAUCUUCCUGUGAAUCUUGAACUCAACCAUACAGAGAUGUUUUCCACAACA